UAAUGAUCAUAGAAAGCUGUAAGCUUACGCAAAGAUCUCGUCUCACUAUACUACUCCCGUUCAUUAACCUGAGACCUGAACCAUCCAAGCGGAGAUAUAUAAAUGUGUUAGAAAAUCCGAUUCAGGUAAAAUGUACAUAAAAAGUGUGUAUCAUGUUAUAUAGCAAUUCUUGCUUCAAUAUGUGUGAAAUAUAUUCAUUGAUUUUAGUUCAUUUCCACUAAGAUACUUACACAAUGUUAAUCGAAAAGACAUCGGCAGUGAAUGAACAAAAAUAAUGCAAAGGCGUUAUUUCUAUUAAGUGUUUACUUGUUACAGAUGUAGUUCAUGUGGCACAAUUAUCUUUAUACAUUAGGAAAUCUUCAUUAUAAAUUUCGAGACGGACAUUGUCAUUGCAAAUAUUAUUUAGAAUAUCCUUGUACUCGUGACUAGGCAUAUAUAACCGUAAUUACAGCUUUAAUAAACUAAGCAGGUUUGAUCAUUUACCAAAAAUAAAAUAUAGAUUACUUUCAAACAUUUUAAAUGAUACUCCUAUUAUGAUUAUCCUUUUAUAGUUUUAUUAAUAAUUUAAAUAUUUCUGUUGCCUUUUCUUUAUUCUCUCCAUAGCAAUAUUAGAUGUAAAAUCAGUCUCAACUUCUUUUCUUAUUAUUCAGAAAAUCAUAAUUUUUAUGAAAUUUAUAUGUUAAUUUUUAUUAAAAUUUAAUUGAAUUGUUCUGAUAAACUUAGCAUUUGAAGCAGAAGCAAUUAUUACAUUUCAGUGAUAUUUUUAAUAUUAAUUAUCUACAACAACUUUAUGUAAAGGCACAUAUUUUUAAACAAGGUGAUAUAUGAGACUUGGUACAAAUACUAAUAUUACUAAGUAUAUAUUGACCAUUCAAGUUGGUGAGAAAACUUAUUUUUGUGAAACAUGUAUUCAGAGUUUUUCAUAGAAAAGUUAUCAAACUGACCACAAUCAAACUCUUGCUGGUUAAAAAUCUGACUUUUGUAAUGAAUGUAUUAGGAGUUUUUCACAAAAAAAUAAAGUGACUGAAUACAGUUGUGUCGAUAUCAGUGAAAAACAUUUUUCUUGUGUGUAGUAUAAUGUAAUAAGAGUUUUUCUUAUUCAAGAGUGAUCUGACUAAGCAUAGUUCUUUUCAUCCUGGUGGGAAGCCUCAUUCUUGUAGUAUAUGUAACAAGAGUUUUUCAUAUAUUAAUCACAUGAUGGAACACAGUAGUGUUCACACUGGUGAGAAACCUUUUUCUUGUAGUAUAUGUAACAAGAGCUUUUCACAUCAAUGUCGUCUGAAUGUACACUAUCGUGUUCAUACUGGGGAGAAACCUUAUUCAUGUAGUUUAUGUAAUAAGAGUUUUUUACUUCGAAGUCGUCUGAAUGAACACAGUCGUAUUCACUCUGGAGAGAAUCCUUAUUCUUGUAGUAUAUGUAAUAAGAGUUUUACAAACAGAAGUAGUCUUACUCAGCACAGUUAUGUUCAUACUGGUGAGAAACCUUAUUCUUGUGGUUUGUGUAAAAAGAGUUUUUCACGAAAAACUCAGCUAACUGAACACCGUUGUGAUCACACUGAUGAGAAACCUUAUUCUUGUAGUUUAUGUAAAAAGAGUUUUUCACGAAAAACUCAUCUAACUAGACACAGUCAUGUUCAUACUGGUGAGAAACCUUAUUCUUGCAAUAUAUGUAAUAAGAAUUUUUUUCUUGGAAGUAAUCUGAAAGAACACAUUCGUGUUCACACUGGUGAGAAACCUUAUUCUUGUAGUUUAUGUAAUAAGAGUUUUUCAAACAGAAGUGGUCUUACUCAGCACAGUUAUGUUCAUACUGGUGAGAAACCUUAUUCUUGUGGUUUGUGUAAUAAGAGUUUUUUGAACAAAAGCAAUCUGGAUCAUCACAAUCGUGCUCAUACUGGAGAGAAACCUUAUCCUUGUAGUAUGUGUACAAAGAGUUUUUCACGCAAUAGUAAUCUGGCAGCGCACCUUCGUAUUCAUGCUGGAGAGAAACCUUAUUCUUGUAGUAUAUGUAAUAAGAAUUUUUUUAACAAAAGCAAUCUGGAUGAUCACAAUCGUGUUCAUACUGGCGAGAAACCUUAUUCUUGUAGUAUAUGUACAAAGAGUUUUUCACGAAAAAGGCAGCUGACUGUGCACUUUCGUGUUCAUACUAGAGAGAAACCUUAUUCUUGUAGUAUAUGUACAAAGAGUUUUUCACAAAAAAGUCAGCUGACUGUGCACUUUCGUGUUCAUACUAGAGAGAAACCUUAUUCUUGUAAUAUAUGUGAUAAGUGUUUUUCAAGCAGAAGUCAACUGACUAAACACAGUCCUGUUCACACUGGUGAGAAACCUUGUUCUUGAAGUU